AUGUGGGACCCCUUAAUUCCACUAUAUACUGACGUCUUGCAAAAGCUGGGCUAUGUCGGUGUACCCGAGGUACUAAAGUUGCUACUAUCAUAUUCCACAAUAUACGAUGAAUCACACCCGAUAUCGAAAGCUGGGUCUGAUGGGAGGGCUGUGAAAAGAAAGAGAACGAUUUCAACUCUUAUGACGGAUAACAAAAUAAUUCAAAAUGCUAUGGCGGCUAUUACUAUGGGCCGCGGACCCAAAGCGACACGCGGCGCCAUCGACACCUUCAAUGCGGUUGCGGACUGGAUCUCUGCUUUACUCGCUUGGAGCCCGUCAGGUGAGGGGCCAGAUAGCGAACACUUUGGCGGGAUUUUAGGACAUAAAGAUGCAGCUUGCAUUUUCGGAAGCUUAGGUCUUCUACUAGUAGCGCUGGCUGCCACGGAAAAGGGCGUUAAUGCGCUUUCUUCCCUAUCUAAAAAUGAUCGAAAACGGCUCGGACAAGCACUUUCAUCAUAUACGACUGUCUGUGCGGGAUACUCGAUUCCACUAAAGAGCCGACUAGAUUCCAUACAAAAAGAUUUUAACCUUUAUUCAGGUGACGAGAACAAGGGAUUGGAAGAUUCUAUGAUGGGAGAUGUCAACGUUGCGGUACUACAGUUUGAAUCCAACGUGGUAGAUAGCCCGGCAAUUAGCUCCAGAGCCGGACUCUAUAUUUAUAUUAAUGCUUUGCUUGUGGGACGACCUUUGGUAGACGAUAAUAUGCUUCUAAACUAUUUAAAUAACCGUUAUGGUGGACACCACAUGGUAAUGGUCGAAGAGCUCAUUACGGCAACCUUCGACGUCUUAUCAAAUGGGAUGUACCGAAAUGAAUCCAGCAAAACCAUGUUUCUCUUUAGAGCCUUUCUUGUCAACAAGCUACCGCCAUUCCUUACGUAUAUGUCGGCAUCAUCCAUGGCGUCGAUCCCAAUGGAACUUUGCAUUACACGCUCUUUAAGUCGCGUUGAUCCGAAUACAUUCCCAUCAUUCUCAGAAACAUUUUCGAUGCAGGGCAACUCAGUUCUUUCAGAUGUCCGGCAGGAGUUUUUAUUCUCGUGCGCUUUGCAUAAACUGAUCCCAGAGUCGAGCAUUGAGCGCUUACUAGGAGAAAAUCCGAUGCAAACGCUUCCCGUGGGCGGUCAAUUCACGAAAGAUAAAUUAAUUAUGCAAAUGAAUAACAAUUUCGAACGAGCGGAGCAACUUCUAAACGGGAUCGAAUCUAUGGAUGGAAACGCCGGGGCUAUAGUUGACGCGAUAACUGAACUUAUGCAUAACCUAUGUUCGAGAAAGGAAACCAUGACGUUAAAGAAUAUCUGCAAUUCUUUAUCGCGAAGGCCACAAGCACUGGACAUUAUGCUCCUAUUUAAAAGCCCGGCGUCUAUUCUACAACCCCUCUGCUCACUAUUGGAUGCAUGGAAGUGGGACGAGGAGCAAGGAGAGAACCAGCUGGUUUACGACGAGUUUGGAAGCAUCUUGUUAAUAGUGAUUGCAUUCAAAUAUAAGUACGACUUGACGCCCCUGGAUUUAGGGAUUGAUUCUCCUGAUUCAUUCGUGCUACGACUUCUUGAAACGGGAGCUGCAAGCCAACGACUUGAUGAUUUGACGGAAAAACAGAAACAAAAUCUGGGAGCUUGGAUUGCUGCGUUGUUCGUUGCAGAAGGAAUUAGCGAUGAGUCCAUGUCAUCUUGUAGCCCACAGGAGUUUUAUCUCCUAGUCGCAACGCUAUUCAGCCAGAGCUUACUCGCUUGCGAAGCUGGAAAAAUAGAGUUCGAGACGCUUAAGGGAGGCUUUGAGUAUCAUAUUUGGGAAUCUGAAACGGAUUUGACGACGUCUUUGAAGAUCCUUCAUGGUCUUGUCAGGCCCGCUUCUAUCUCCGGAGAAGCACAAGAGAUCCACCGUACUGUACUGUGUAUAACUUCACGAACUUUAGAGAGUACCCUAAAGGAUAUCCGGACACGAUAUCCCUCGCGAACGGAUAUAAAGCCUAUCCUGGACGUCCUCGAACCGUACCAAUCAUUCCGGCGCACCGGCGCUACGAAUAAUACUGAGCUAGACACCUGGAGAGCCAAUCCUGCCGGCGGAGGCCUAGUGACAAGCAUUCGAAACACGUUCUCGUCUCUGGUUCUGUGGAGCACAGAUCCAGAAAUUAGCAUGACUCCUCCUAGCUAUACCCAUCGGCAGCUUCUAGCCGGGGUUGGACAUGUCGGUUCUGAGAAGGUGCUUCAGGGAUUAAUCGACGAGCUCAAACUACAGACGGAAACCGGAAGUGGAGAUCUAGCCUUCGAUAUUGCUGCAACUUUAAUCUGUGCCCCGAUUGCAGAAUCGUUUUCAGUUGAUCAGGCCUUAUAUCGACAGGCGGGUGAUGCCAAGUACUCAAUUCCAAGGUGCAGGUUUCUGACUCUUCGCGACGCAUUAAGCCUGCAGCGAGAUUCUCUGUCGAAGCUAAUCGAAACCGACCCGCACCGUGCAGAGCUCGUUGUACGUCUGCAACGCCGACUGGAAACACUAUGCUCCAUUCCACAAAUGCCCCCUGGAGAAGUUGACGUGGACAAUAUCAUUGAAAACAUCCACCUUGGAGUUGGCGGCGCUAGCGAGCCGCAGCAACAAUCCCAACAACUGCAGACAGUUGCAGACCAAUCCAACCAAGGGGCCGUUACUACAAUAGGAGAUACGCCGGGGAAUCUGGAAGCGAUGUUGGACGCGGCUGCUUCAGCAGCCGUAGCGGAUUCGAACGGCGGUGCUGGGGCAGCAUCAGGGUUACUUGGAAAUGGCGUUGGUGGUGCUGGCGUCGAGGUUGGAACGGGCAUGGAUGACGUUUUCAAUAUGAUGGAUAUGGACAAUCCGGAAUUUAUAGAUCUAGACAUGGAAGGCAUGUUUUAA